CUUUGCAAGUUUCCCUUAAACGCUAUUAAUCCAGCUCAAUCUUCAAUUCGCAUACAGUUCUUCGUUGCUUCUUCGUUCAUAUUCUGUGGGAUUUCGGGAAAGAGAGAGAGAGAGAUCGAUCGCUGGGCAUGAGCUUGAGGUAUGUGUGGAGGAUAGUGUACCAAACAGGGAUGCGCGGGUGGCAGGGAAUGAAAGAUCAGGGAUCCAAGUGCGGCGACUCCGCCAUCAAAUCUCUCCGCGAUUCUGCUUCCUCUUCUUCCUCCAAGCAGGUCAGGCGCUUCUCGAACGCCUUCGAUUCUCCCGCCGUGAAGGCUUCCAACUCCGACAAGCUCAAGCAGGCCGAAGAGUCCCUCAGAACCAUUAUGUACUUGAGCUGCUGGGGCCCUAAUUGAUGUCCAAUCCUUUUCUUUUUCUGUUUCUUUUUUAGGGUUUUGUAAGAUCUUGUAAAUUCAAGAAUAUGUAUAGCAGUAUCAUCAGUAAUGAGUAGUAAUGGAAACACCGUAUAUGCUGGAUUGGUUGAUUAAUUUUUGCAACUAGUGCUGCGCUUGAGAAAUGAAUGGUAUUUCCAGAGUUGACCAGAAAAUUCUGGAUUCAUUUGCUGUAUCAAUUAUCCAUACUUUCACUAAACGAAUAACAUGCUGUUCUUAUUACA